AAGAACAAGAAGAAAGUGUUCGGAACGAGACACUGGAAAGUUUCCUUUUUUCCUUUAGAAAAAUGGAUCUCUACGUGCUAAUUGGGAUUGCUGUGAGUCUCUUAAUUGUCCUCCUGACCACCCUGUUCUUCCUACGCAAACAGACACCCAAGAAAGAUGAUAAUCCGCCCCAGGUACGACGUGGGGCCCCAAUGCGGGUGCAGGAGGGUAUUCCGAGACGUGCCCAACUUGCACGGAAUCAGAGGAAUCGUUUGAGGCAGGCAAACGCCGCAGAGGCAGCUGCUGCAGAAGAUGAUGAUGUGGAGGAGGAAGGAGCUGAUGAGGAGGGUGCUGAGAGGGCAGUUCCUGAUUUUUCAGGUGAAAAAAUGGGUACAAAGAAGCGAGCAAAGCUCGAAGCAAAGGCUGAGAAGAAGGCACAGCGUGAGGCGGAGUUGCGCGUGAGGGAGGAACGAAAGAAGAAGGAAGCUCUGCAGGAGGAGGAACGUCGGAAGUUGGAGGAGAAGGAACGUGAGGAGGAGAAGGCACGUGAAGAGGCGGAAAAGAGGGCACAGGAAGAGCGCGAGAGGAAGGAAUAUGAGGAGUAUUUGAAGCUUAAAGCUUCCUUUGACGUUGAAGAGGAGGGCUUUGAGGAAGGUGAUGAAGAUCAGGAGAAUCUCCUGAAGGAAUUUGUGGAGUACAUUCAGCGAAAUAAGGUUGUGGUGCUGGAGGAUCUUGCCACGCACUUCAAGAUGAAGACACAGGCUGUCAUUGAUCGUAUCACGGACCUGAAGAAUGGGGGAACCCUCACAGGGGUGAUUGAUGAUCGUGGGAAAUUCAUUCACAUCUCCGAAGCUGAACUUCAGGCUGUGGCUAAGUUCAUCCGGCAACGUGGGAGGGUAUCAAUAGUAGAAUUGGCUGAAUCCAGCAAUACCCUCAUUAAUCUUGUACCUGUUUCUACGUAAUGGGAAAUAAAGUUUGACUUACUUUUUCAUAAU